AUGAUUCAUCUUACAACUCAUAAAAACUCAGAUGAGUAUAAAAAUGGAAAACAUUUGUAUGAAAUUUAUUUAAUAGAACAAGAGUGGAGUUUGCUAAAAAAUCUUAUACAAGUUCUUGAACCAUUUGGAGAAGCCAUUCAAUAUUUGGAUGACUCAUACUAUUCAAUACAUAGCCUUAUAUAUCGUGUUAUUAAAAAAUUAAAAGAAAUGUUUGAACCAAUAAUUAUUAAUAUGGAUGACUCAAGUAUUGAAGAUGAAAAAGAUGCAUUUGAUGAUGAUGAAGAACCAACUAAUGAAGAACAAAUUAUGUUAAAUAAUUUUGUUAAUACUACAGACUUGCUAAAUGAA